CUUUCAUUCAGUUGUGGUCUGCCGUUGUCUGGAGAAGCCAAGAUGCAGUCUGUCUUGCUGUGUUCGCUUAUCCUGUUGUCUGCCGUAGUGUUCGGUCAGGAUCCUGCCCAGAUUUGUCUGCCCUCACAGCUACAAGUCGGAUAUUAUAAUUUUAUUGACAAUGUAAGCAACCGCUGUAAGCAAUCAUAAGUUGUGCGUUUGACUUGUUCUUUACGCUGAUGGCAAAUCAAAGCUUUAACUUUUCAUCACUGUGUAUGUAUCAAUGUAGAUGUAAGAUUAUGCAUGUAUCAUUUUGAAUGUAUUUAUUUUUAUGGAUCAAUGUAUACGUAUCAAUGGGUACGUAUCAAUGUGUACGUAUCAAUGUGUAUGUAUCAAUGUGUAUGUAUCAAUGUGUAUGUAUCAAUGUGUUGGUACCAUCAAGAGAAAAUAUGUGGACGAGUGAUGUAUUGAUUACUUAACGUAAUAUUGUUUUAUUUUAUGCUUAACGCAAGUCUGAAACGAUUCCUUUAUGAAGACGUACAUUUGGAGUCUCGCCAUGAAGUAGCUGUGUUGUAAUACUCUAAUAUUGAUGUAGCUGUGUUGUUAUACUCUAAUAUUGAUGUAGCUGUGUUGUAAUACUCUAAUAUUGAUGUAGCUGUGUUGUAAUACUCUAAUAUUGAUGUAGCUGUGUUGUAAUACUCUAAUAUUGAUGUAGCUGUGUUGUUAUACUCUAAUAUUGAUGUAGCUGUGUUGUAAUACUCUAAUAUUGAUGUAGCUGUGUUGUUAUACUCUAAUAUUGAUGUAGCUGUGUUGUAAUACUCUAAUAUUGAUGUAGCUGUGUUGUUAUACUCUAAUAUUGAUGUAGCUGUGUUGUAAUACUCUAAUAUUGAUGUAGCUGUGUUGUUAUACUCUAAUAUUGAUGUAGCUGUGUUGUAAUACUCUAAUAUUGAUGUAGCUGUGUUGUUAUACUCUAAUAUUGAUGUAGCUGUGUUGUAAUACUCUAAUAUUGAUGUAGCUGUGUUGUAAUACUCUAAUAUUGAUGUAGCUGUGUUGUAAUACUCUAAUAUUGAUGUAGCUGUGUUGUUAUACUCUAAUAUUGAUGUAGCUGUGUUGUGAUACUCUAAUAUUGAUGUAGCUAUGUUGUUAUACUCUAAUAUUGAUGUAGCUGUGUUGUUAUACUCUAAUAUUGAUAUAGCUGUGUUGUAAUACUAUAUCCAAUAAAAACGUUGAUCAAUUUGGAUAUCUUCACUAGGGCAAUAAUCUAUUGAUCAAUAUGUCUGCCCAAUAAACACGUUGUCAAUGUGGGCAUCUUAAUUAUGGCACCAACCUAUUCACCAACAUUUCUACCCAAUAAACACGUUGUCAAUGUGGGAAUCUUAAUUAUGGCACCAACCUAUUCACCAAUAUUUCUACCCAAUAAACACGUUGUCAAUGUGGGCAUCUUAAUUAUGGCACCAACCUAUUCACCAAUAUUUCUACCCAAUAAACACGUUGUCAAUGUGGGAAUCUAAAUUAUGGCACCAACCUAUUCACCAAUAUUUCUACCCAAUAAAUACGUUGUCAAUGUGGGGAUCUUAAUUAUGGCACCAACCUAUUCACCAAUAUUUCUACCCAAUAAACACGUUGUCAAUGUGGGAAUCUUAAUUAUGGCACCAACCUAUUCACCAAUAUUUCUACCCAAUAAACACGUUGUCAAUGUGGGAAUCUUAAUUAUGGCACUAACCUAUUCACCAAUAUUUCUACCCAAUAAACACGUUGUCAAUGUGGGCAUCUUCAGUAGGGCACCAACCUAUUCACCAAUAUUUUUACCCAAUAAACACGUUGUCCAUUUCGAUAUCUUCACUGGAGCCCUACUAACCUAAAUACAAAUAUUUAUCCACUCUAAACUUUGUGGUCCACUGAAAUUGAAGUUGGGUUUAAAUAUAUUUAUCUAAAGGAUUUUAAUUAAAUAGAUAAUUGCACGCGUAGUAAUGUGGGGUCUGAAAGGCGAACAAUUGUAUUGAAUUCCAAAGAGCGGGAGUGAGGGAGAGAGGAAGGGAGAGAGAGAGGGAGUUAAGGGUAAGGAGGGAAGGAGAAGAAGAGAGAAAAGGAUAAUCUGAUGUCAAAUUUGGUAGAUAGAAUAAAACUAGAAGUAUUAAUUUUUACGUUUGAUCAAGGACAACAUUAAACAUUGUGUAACCAAAAAAAAUUUACAUUUUAGAGGUAUGGAGUGUAUUCCCUUGAUUUUACCAAAAGUCUGGCAGCAAAGUACGAUGCCAUUGGCAAAUACGUUGUAGUUUUUGACCUCAAGACGGUAAGUCAUUUAAAAUAUAAGACGUUAACUUUGAAGGAACUGCAACUGAAAAACAAUAUAUACUUAAAUCCUUUUCAGAAUGAGUUCACUUCCAUAGACUGGAUAGAUUUAAAAAAAAAUUAAACUUAAUAACAAAUAAUUAUUUCCCCAUGGUGACUAGAUCUACGCUUUUUCUUAACUGAAUGAAACCUGCUGCACAAUUCUCCUCAUCCAACAGUUCAUCGCCUACAAUGUGACAGCAAGUGGGAAGUGCACCAAGUACAGAAUGGACAGCACAGACGCCAGUUUUCAGUGCUUGCCGUGUAAGUCAACGGUAGUUGUGACAAGAGGCGGGGCAUUGUUUGUAAAAAAAAAAAAAAAAAGUGUGUUUAAAUAUUGGAAAGAUAAAAAAAUUGAAAAUAUUGAAAUAUUGAUGAAUACCAUCAAUACUAGGAAUAAAUCCUAUCAUAUUUAUUGAUUUAUCAAAAACCGUUAAGGUGAUAUGGCAAUAUUGAUGAAUAUCUAAAAAAAAAAAAUUAAUUUAAUCUUCGUAUACGCAAUUGUUUUCAAAUAAGAACAUCAAAUUAUUUUGGCUUAAUUGUUGGUCAAUCAUUAGGGUGUCGUAUAAAUGUUAUAUGCACACCGAAAUGCAUGUAUUAAUCAAGAUUUCGCGCUCUCCCCCGCAGCAUCUGCAAAGCUCGUCAGCAACAACAACACGUAUCUAGGUCACGGCCUUGACAUGUUGAUUGUGCAAACAUGGGAGAUUGGCCUUGGGGAGGACACAACACUGAGACUAGCCUACACCAUGGAAACGCCAGCUUUUCCAACUAUAAGACACUUGCGAAGUAAGUACCUGUGCCGCCCCCCCCCCCGUUAGUCACCUCACCCAUAGACAUCUGAGAAUAGUGUACAUUGCAGAUUUAUUUACCUUCAACUUUGUACACCUCUAAUUGUUAAAUAAAUAAGAAACUCGAAUGUCUUAAGAGAAUGAUACAGUUGGAAAUAUGAUUUGGUAACUAUUCUUCCUUUCCCCUCCCUACCCCCCCCCCCAAGUUGAAUGUCCUUAAAUAGUGAAAUAGUGUUACAAGUAUGGUGUUCAUGGGUUAAUCUAUGUGAUUGGUGGUCGUGCGUUAGUAUAUGUAAUUGAUUGUAAUGGGUUAAUAUAUGUAAUUGGUUGUAAUGGGUUAAUACAUGUAAUUGGUUGUAAUGGAUUAAUAUAUUUGAUUGGUUGUCAAUGGGUUAAUAUAUAUUUUGGUUGUAAUGGGUUAAUAUAUUUGAUCGGUUGUCAAUGAGUUAUAUAUGUAAUUGGUUGUAAUGGGUUAAUCCAUGUGAUUGGCUGUCGUUGGUUUAUAUAUGUAAUUGGCUGUAAUGGAUUAAUAUAUGUAAUUAGUUGUCAAUUGGUUAAUAUAUGUAAUUGGUUCUCAUGGGUUAAUCUAUGUGAUUGGUUUUCAAAGGGUUAAUCUAUUUGACUGUAAUAUACUAAGUUGCAGUAGUUAUUGGUUGACACAUGAAGUAGAGCUUUCUACGAAACUAGAUAUAGCCCGCCAAACAUUGGCGACAGCAAUGUGUGAACUUUCCAUCUACUUAAGUUACUUGACAAAAGCAUGAACUCAAGUUACGCACAUAUAAGAAUGCCAAUUUUGCUACACCCCCUUCCCCCCUUCUUUUUCAUGUUACGUCACUGCACACUUUUUAUUUCAUCCCCCUGAACUAUAUAAAUAUAGCCGACCCGCAGCUUAGCAUACGCCGCGAGCUUGUUGGGGUGUGCGCAUGGCUGAUAAGCGAGGGUGGUGCAGGAGGGGUGGGGCGGUAGCUCCACCGCAGUGCGCAUGUCUCGAAACCAAUGAUGGGCAGGCAAGGGAAGGGAGGGUUACCUGCGUCUUGCUUGCUCUGGCGUAUCUAUAUAUAGCCUGCGUCGUCGUCUUCUUGGCCUAGUUUUUCUGGCGUAUUAUAUAUAGAUGUGUAAUCAGAAUGUGGGUCGACUGAUCAAAGAACGAAUGUACUGACUUACGUAGAAGGCCACAUUAAAAUUAAAUGAGUGAACAUUCCUAUUGCUGAUGUUUUUGAAAAUAAUACCAAAUCAAUUAUUAAAAAUAAAUUUAAGGACUGCAUUAAAGCUUAGUAAAUGAAUGAAAUAGCAUGAAAUUAUCCUGUUCUCUUAUGCAAGCUUCCACAAACCUCGUUUUACAAUUAUUAAAAUAUGACAACUUAAAGAGGGAGGAUUAACCAAAUGAGUUCUAUCAAACUCAAAGCGUCGAAAAUUUUAAUAACUGUCAUUUUUUUUUCUAAAGAAAGAAAUACACUUUAAAAAAACGAGCCGUAGCAAUAAAUAUAUAUCUGUAAAAUAUGAUAAUUGUCCAUACACAUGUUACCUGGAUGUGCUGAAGCUUUCAUGUAAAAAGCGUUGAUUGGUUUUAAAUUAUUAUUUUAUUAUUAUUUUUUUGCUUUCCGCUUUUUCCUUUUUUUCUUUAACUGACCACCGUUUGAUAAUUUUUUUUCCCGCAGGCAGGAGCACUGGGUCAGCUGCUGCGGUUUUCGUUUACUACAAUGCUGUCACUGAAAUUGACCCCAAAUAUUUCGUCAUUCCUUCAACGUGCCCUAAUGAAAUCCCCCUUUCUUAGACAAGAUAUGACAUGACAUUGACCUGACCACCGAUAUUUCACAUUUCCUUAGGAACGGGAUAAUAUUUUGAUACAACAUAUUUGCUCUGCGUAUAAUGAUUAUAUUAUUUUUUUAAAAUAAAUUUUAUUCUUUGCAUAGAAUUAAGCCAUCAAAUUGUUUCUGGGAUGUUUUAAUUUUAAUGUAGAGAAUAAAAUCUUUGUAGAAAA